GUUCUGCGUCACUGCUGGUUCUUAACUCGCUCCUCCUCUGACCGGAAGAAACCUGCUCCAAACUUCCAUUCUCUGUCACGCCGUCUUCCUCCUUGUGGAAGCGAAACACUGAAGCCUCCGACAACAUGACGACGCUGCUCCGCAGAGUGCCCGGGCCCGGUGGUCCGUCGUGGCGGUGUCUGGCUGCAGUUCUGCGGGGAACGCACAUCCGGACCGCCCGUCUGAUUCAGCGGGACGGAGCGCGGAUGCUGGCCGGGGUCAGGCUCCCUUUAGCGGGACACAGUGGCGCUCCCCGCCGCUGGCAGCACACGGAGGCGGCGGGUCCUGCAGAGGUGGAUGUGAGGCGCUUAGAGGAGGGAGACGAUGGAAUCGUGGAGGUGGUGAUGUGUCAACACAAGGCAAGAAAUGCUCUGGGCCAUGUGUUUGUGUCACAGAUGAGGGAGCUGGUGUCCACUCUGUCCAAUGACUCCUCGGUGCGUGUGGUCGUCUUCAGGAGUUUAGUCCCCAGGGUUUUCUGUGCAGGUGCCGACCUGAAAGAGAGAGCUCUGAUGAACAACUCUGAGUCGGACCUGUUCGUUCACAGCCUUCGUUCACUCAUGACUCAGAUCGCAUCGUUGCCAAUGCCAACCAUCGCAGCCGUGGAUGGCGUGGCCCUGGGAGGUGGACUGGAGCUCGCCCUGGCCUGUGACCUCCGCACUGCUGCAUAUUCGACACAGAUGGGUCUGAUUGAGACGACACGGGGGCUGCUCCCAGGGGCGGGGGGCAGUCAGCGGCUGCCCAGGACUGUCGGCAUCGCUCUGGCCAAAGAGCUCAUCUUCACAGGUAAGCGUGUGGGGGGGCAGGCAGCGCUGGAGAUGGGGCUCGUAAACAGAGCAGUGGAGCAGAACCAGACAGGAGAUGCUGCCUACAGAGAGGCACUCAGCCUGGCCAGAGAGAUACUGCCCCAGGCUCCUGUCGCCGUGCGAAUGGCUAAACAAGCGCUGAACAGAGGCGUCGAGGUUGACAUCACUACAGGGAUGGCUAUAGAAAGGAUGUGCUAUGCUCAGGUCAUCCCCACUCGGGACAGACAGGAAGGGAUGGCAGCCUUCAUAGAGAAGAGACCUCCACGCUACACUGGGGAAUAGACUCGUCUCAGCUGUCAUGUUUCUCUCUCACUCAGACGCACGCUUCUCUCCAGGACCUAACUGGGUUGGGUGAACAUAGUCAAAACAAUGUCUUAUUCAGAAUAGUGGGAAUAUUGCUGUCCAGGCCAACAUAGUCUGUGUCAACACAUUAGUUUAAGUUGGCUCGAGUAGUGACUUUCAGGAUUAGACUGACAAAUCACAACAGCAUAAUAUGGCCGCCAAGAUUUUUACCGUUUCCUCUGUAUACUUUGAUUUAUAGGCAAAAUCAUCUCUGGAAGAGACUGCAUUAAAAAUUCAACACGUGUCAUCUCCAGUUUAUGGGAAUGUACAUUCUUUUAUUUUUUCAAACUUGAAAACGUGACUCUCAGCAGCAACAUGGCAUCGUCAUAGCAGACAUACAGCAUAUUUAACUGGUUUGCAUUUCCUAUCAGAUCAUCUGAAUUCAAUUCUUGUUUUAAAAAAAACUGCCUUUCAUCCGGGGAGGUGUUCAGGGGCUUAACAAAACAAUCCAUCACAUCAGCAGGAGCAACGGAAGAGAACAAAAAACAUGUUCUGUGUUAUCUGCAGCUCUAUUAACAAGGCCAUAUAUCACUGAGCAGAGGAGCUGAUGUGUGCUUUGCUCACUGAUAUUUUCGACUACCGGUUGUAGCCCAAUAUAUUAUAUUUAUUUCAUCUUCUAUAAAAGCAUUGGGAUCUGUCACUGUUGUUACUGCUGCAGCCAAGAUCCAUGUUGCCUUAAAAUGAUGAAUUUAAUGAGAACUUUCGUUGCAUUAAGGGUUUGACAGCAGGUUGUAACAGUGACAUUAGUUUGUUUUGCAUUGAGAAUGGAUACAGGAGCCAUGAUGGAGGUGGGCGUCAGGGUCAGCUCUCACAGCACAUUCUCUGGACGACAGAGAUGAACCCGGUAAAAUCCUGGAGGUGGACGAGUGGUUUCAUAAAAGAGAAAUAACUCUUAACCCCACUACCUCCCCUAACCCCCAUCACAACUACCCCGCUCUUUGUUCUGCAUGUUUCUCUUACUCGGAAACAAACAAUGGAACAUACAAUAGAAUAAUUAUCAUGCAACCGGUGCAAUCACUAUUUCUCUCGUUUUUUCUAGUAUGUACAAAUGGCAAACAGUCUUUAAGAUGCUGAUACUUGUACAGACGUACAUACACACAUGCUCACAGAGAAGUGCUGUCUCUACAACACCUGGACUGGUUGGGAAGCACACCUAACAUACUGAUAUAUACACCAGUUUCUCAAAGAGAAAACAGCUGUCACUUAAUUCACAUCUGUACAACCUUCAUGACUUUACUGACCACAGCAUUAUCCAGAGUUGACAUUUGCACUUAAACCAGAAAUAAUUGUGUUUAGUUAUUUUUCAUUUCAA